ACAAUUUUAGCUUUCACGUGUUCCUCGGAUAGUCAGUGUCCGUACUCAGGUUACUUCUGUUGUAAAGGAACAAGAUAUUGCUGUCCGUGGGGUACCGUGUGUACAGGGACCAUCAACUGUAUCAGUAUCGGGACAAUAGUUGGACCUAUCGUCGGAGCAGUGGUCCUUAUUAUUAGCUGUAUCGUAUGUUGUGUGUGUUACAAUCGCCGAAGGCGCCAGGUUCCACCUCCAGCAGUUGUUUACGGACAACAACAACAAGGAGUUGUAAUCGGACAACAAACAUAUGGACAACCCCAGGCUUACGGAAAACAAGUAUAUAGCAAACCUCAAGCUUACGGACAACCUCCAAAUUACGCCCAAGGUUACGGACAACCUCAGAUAAGUGAAAAAGGUUAUGAUUCACCAUUGUCAAAAGAUACAACGGACAACAAAGUGAAGUACUAGACGGCAGAAAGUAAAACAACAUUCCCAUUUAUAUUAGAAAUACAUAUCUUAAUAAUCGUGGUAUGUUUAAGUGAAGUUAGACACGCACAAAUCAUUCAGUAAUGUAUUCUUUGCUUCCAAUCAAACAACGUUUAAUGAUCCACGUUCUUUUGGAAUAAUUUUCAGAAUUAAUUCAUUAUAUUAGUAUUUUAUCAUAUUUUUUCACUCACGGUACCAAAGCAACAUCAUGUCAUCAAUUGUGUGUAAAAUCUUUGUAUAUCAUGUCCAAAAUGGGCAUUAUCUAAUCAUUUGAUGCUUGUGUAGAUUUAUGUUUUAGCCCACCCCAGAUGUAAUCUCAAGUGAGCUUUUCUGAUCAUCUUGGUGUCCGUCUAGCUGUUCAGCUGUCUGUCUGUCCAACCGUUCAAAACUUAACAUUUUCAACUUCUACUCAAGAAACCUUGUGCCAAAUAUAACUAAAAUUGGUACUUAUUUUGAUGCAGAAAAUAUGAAACUUAUGUGAAAACAUCCUGGGAAAGUGUCAAAAUUAAAUUGUUGAAAUUAUGGACCCUUGGGGUUUGAUGAGGCCACAAAAUGGAGUCAACGUUCAACGUUAAAAUAUGUAGGAAAAAUCUUUAAAAAUAAUCUUCGGGAGAACCAUUAGGUUUGGAAAGAUGACACUUAUGUGAAAUCAUCCUGGGUUGGUGUAGAUUCAAAAGUUUCGAAAUCAUGGCCCGGGGGGUAGAGUGGCAUAACAAGUGGGAAAACCUGGUCAAGAAAGGUAGGCCCAAAGUUACUUAUGUGAGCGUUGUGGCCCAUGGAUCUCUUGUUUAAUGCUAUGCAACUACAUGUCUCCCUUCAUAAAUAUAUAAUUUUUUUUAAUUUCAUACAUACAGUAUUAUAUCUUAUACCUUUCAUCCGUAUCCGAUGAUUUUUUUUUUUCGCAAAAAUGCAUGAAUUUUGAAUGAAUAUAUAAAAUGUUUACACCACUUAUUUCUGGUCAAAACAUUGUCUUUUACAUUAUUUAUACAGUCGCAUAAUACAUGUACAUGGAUUGUAAAAAUGUAUGUAUAAAUAUAAUAUACUGUAAAUUAUAAACAUGUUUUUAAAUAAAAUGUCAUUUAU